AUGUCACAAAUGCUCAAGCAGUUUAGUCAAGAUCGAUCGUUGCAAAGGGAUCGUUUUGACGGACCCUCACAAGGUUCAGCAGGACCUUCGUCUAUGCGAACAGCUAGACAAGAGUUCCGAGACGAUGGUAUGGUGAAUGAAUUCUUUGAGCGAGAACAACAACAGCGACCACUACAGCGGCCUGCGGGAUCAGGCCGACCCUUUGAGUUCUCAGAACUACAUCGUGAAUUGGACGCUGUACGCGGCGGGUGGGCCAACGAAUUUCAACAACAAGGACCACGGUUGUGGGAAGUCACUCCUGAAGAAGAAGCAGCCAUGGAAAAGGCCUUCCAUGAAAGUAGAGCAGCUGCUGGCCCGACAAUGAAUGCUUCCGUGUGGAAGGACGAAUUCAUGAAUCACCCCGAAGCAGUACACAUGAACCCACAACAACGCGCUGAAUUCGAGCGAGCAUUCGAGCGUCACUUUGACUGGGCCGGCGAGUUUGCAAUGAACCACGACAAGGGCAAGGGAAAGCUCGUCGAGUUGGACAAUAAUGCACAAUGGGAAAAUCAAUUUGCCGCUUUCGAUGCCAAACCUACCGAGACUGACGAAGAAAUUGCUCGCAAGGUUGAAGAAGCUGCCGCAGCCCAGGAUCCCAAGCUGUUUGACCAGUUUGAAAAUGUAUGGCAAGAUAUCCGUGACCAAAUGGCCAACGAGGGCGAACCGGAGGAUUGGGAAGAAGAGUUUGGCAACUUUAGCAACAAUCCAUCCAUCUACAAGCCAGAUUUAGGCGAAUACGUGUUUGAGAUUGUCAAUCCUUACCUCGAGCAUGCCGAUCCCAUGGCUGAAGGUCUGCGUAUGAUUAAUGAAGGAGGCAGUCUUAGCGAGGCUGCGUUGGCAUUUGAAGCCGUUGUUCAGCGUGAUCCACUGAACUCGGAGGCUUGGAUGCAUUUGGGCAAUGUACAGGCUCAAAACGAGAAGGAAGAACCGGCCAUUCGGGCAUUGGAAAAGGCAGUCGAAGUCGACCCCAAGAACUUCUCGGCCAUGAUGUCGUUGGCCGUCAGCUAUACCAACGAAUCCUACGACCAUGCUGCCUAUCAAACUUUGGAGCGCUGGAUUGGCGCCAAGUAUCCGGAAUUGGUGGCCAAUGGUACGCCAGCACCUGCUACACCUUUUGAAUUACAUGGCCGAGUGACAGAUCUUUUCUUGACGGCGGCUCGCCAGGCACCCGAAGGGCAGCAAAUGGAUCCUGAUGUCCAAGUCGGUCUGGGUGUGUUAUUCUAUGGCAGUGGUGAUUUGGAGAAAGCUGUUGAUUGCUUCUUUGCUGCACUGAAGGGCCGUCCUGAUGACUAUUUACUAUGGAAUCGACUCGGUGCUACCUUGGCCAACAGUGGCCGCUCCGAAGAAGCUAUCGAUGCUUACCACAAGGCAUUGGAGCUGUGUCCAUCAUUUGUCCGUGCACGAUACAACUUGGGUGUCAGCUGCAUCAACAUCGGUUGUUACAAGGAGGCUGCAGAGCAUUUGUUGACCGGCCUUUCGAUGCACAAGCGACAGGAUAACGAAGAAGGCGUCAAUGUGUCAAGUAACUUGUGGGAAAUGCUACGAAAGACGUUUGUCAUGAUGGGUCGUGAGGAUCUGGCUAAUCAGGCCAAGGCUGGUUUUGACAUCAACAAGCUCCGAGGCGAAUUCGAAUUCUAG